UCGCUGUCUAAAGUCACAGCUCUCAAAGUAGUAUGGGGAAAAGACACUUAUAGGUGCAGGGUUGAAAGAGCCUGGAAGUGACCUUCCCCUGUGUUUCUCGGCGAGGGCGCCAUUUUGCAAAUGUGGGUGACGUCAUCAUAUAUCCAGAUCUGGUAGUGGCCCGGACUGUUAAAAGUCAUAAAUAUCAAGUACCUAAGAACUGCCAGAAAAAUACUUAAUUCCAUCAGAAAAUAAUUCGCUAUUUUUCUUCCCCUGACAUCUUUACUUUAGCUACGUUUUUUAGUUUCAGCUCACUUAAUGCGUUCCACUUUAAAAGCCAUUCUUAAAGCCAGGAACUCCCUAAAUUAAGAGAUUUCUAAUAUGCACGACCCAUGCAUUCUAAAAACGUAAAUUAAACCCUUCAUUCUUUCUCUUCAGAAUUUACCACCAUGUAUCAUCACAGUCUUCGUCAAGAUGUUUUUAUAAAGGACGAGUACCAUUAUUUAAACGUUUCUAAAGUUGGAACGUUUACAGUGUAUGACAGCCUUGACUGCACCUUUGAAUGCCUCGGCAAUCCUUCCUGUCUGUCCUUCAACCUGGCAGCUUCCAAAGGAGCAGAUGGAAAGUUGCGGUGUGAGUUGUUAUCCUCAGAAAAGUACAGCAGUCCUGAGGAAUAUAAAAGGAACGAGAGUUUUCAUCACUUUUCCAUCAAGGUGGGGUAAAAUCUUUGCAUAGAGUUUAUUAAAGUAAGAUAUUUUUUGAUAUCCCAGUCUAUGCGACUUUUAAGAGCGUGUCUCCGUAAAAACCGACCAGUGAUUUUGGAUCAAAAAAUUAAUUUCCCUUAUAUUCUGGGAUAUUAAAGCCUUCACCUUAGUAGUUACAAAAAUACAUUUCGUUUGACCGAAAGUGAUAAAUAUAUUUUUUUACGAAUUUUUGAAUUUCCGGACGAUUAGCGCUGGCGUCAUAGCCUUUCAAACUGCAAAAAUCGCUAACAUUGACCUCGCUCUAGAAAACGAACAACGCGCUCAAAAAGCCUGAUUUUCUUUUCCGUAUACAGAUACACCACUGUAGAUUUCCUAGCCAUAUCACAGUUCCGAAUUAUUCGUUUAUUUCAACGGCAAUGAUAUUUUCCCCAGCACGUGUUUUCGGCUUUCCAUCAAAACGCGAAAGUAGCUCAACUUUGAGGGUAAUUUUAAAAAGUGUGGCACCUGUCUGAACUUCGCUAUCUGUAUGAAUACAAUCUAGGGAUGAUAAUAAAACACAAAAAGGAAUAACAUUUUUGUGCUCUCCACGUUUUCAGAAGAGACCGCCGUUUGAAUUUCCAGAAAUUUCGUAAACUUGAUAAUUAACGAACACUCGCCUUGUCGAUCUGCUUGUCAAGGUCCAACUUCAUUUGAUGACGUGAUAUAUCUUAUCCAAGUUCUUUCACAUUUUAAGGUUAUUUCUCAAUCAUCUGAAACUAUAUUGGCCGUUGAUUCCAUGUCCUUUGUCCGUUUAAAGAAGUUAUCUGGUUUACAAAAUGGCAGCCAUCCGCGAGCGUGACUGGUUCGUGACACCGUCCUGAAAGGUCUUUUGCUAAAAUUAGUUGGGUGCAAUCUUAUUCAUUGAGAUUAUACUCUUCAAGACAUCGCAGUGAAAUUUGUAGGGCAAAUAAAACACGUUCCUUUGCAAAUACGACGCGAUGAGUCGCUGACAAAGUGUUUUAACCAAGUCUUCUGACAAACUUGAAAAAUGCGUGACUUUGUAUUUCAUCCCCAGUUCCCCUGCAUUGGGUGAUGACCUGAACAAAUACUAGCUCGUUCACUUGUUUAUUAACUUCUUAGGUUGUAAUGUCCCUCUUGGUUUUUGUAGAGGAUAUUUUUGCUCCUGAAGUAGCCGCUUUAACUCUGAAAACAUCGAAUUUUUUGUUUAAAACCUGUCCUUCAACGGCAUCUUUUAUCUAGUUUGUAUAAAAGUAAUAGAGAGCGUCAUCAGUUGCGAGCGUGACACGGUUGUUUCGUUACAUUUUCUGUAAAGUUCGAUGUAAUUAACAUUGAAUCGCCAUACUUCGAUACAUUUUCUUCUUCAGCUUAACAUAAACGCACUGACAAAAAUGGUUCAACACAUUUCAGCUAAGAGAAUUGAGAAACCAUGGCCACGCUACUACAGUUUCCACGUCCUUCCCAGGACCCCACGCUGCGCGGAAAUUCAUUGAACUGGACCCUGGCAUUCACAUUCCGUGCUGUUCUCAUAUCCUUUUCAACCUGAACAGGGUCCGCCUUGCGGCCAGUUCGCUCAUCAAUUUCAAACUUGGCUGUAAGAUAUUCUUUAACCUCACGAGAAAACCGGAUGGAACCUGCGUGGGCCUUGCUUAGUGCCCAUCCCAUCUGCAGGGUUUCUACGUCAGUUGAUGAUUCGGACGCCAACAUAAAUGGUGUAGAUUUUUUCACAGCCACAUCCACUGAUGUAAAUUUUGUUGCCCAGUCCUUUCUGAUCUUGUUUACUCAAGUCUGGGCUUAGAGAAGAUAAUGUCACAGUUUUUCAAAUUUCAAUGACCAUGAAAGUCAGAGUCCGGGUUUUUAGUUAAUCAAUUGUGGCUCUGAAAAAAAUUUGAAGCAAAAAAACUACGAAUUUUUAAGAAAAUGCUGUUUUCGUGAGAAGGCUCUUAAACGCUGACAAACGUCAACAAAUAGCAAAAACUAUAAUUUCUAUAUGUUUGCUUUGCUCGAAAUCGCGCGCAUUUACAAGGCCCUAAAGCUCUUUGCUGACUUGCAAGGACCCAUGUGUUAUAACGAUGCCCAGAAUAAAGAGAUGAAUCUCAUAGUUUAUUAGAUAUAAUCGUGUACAGUUUGCUUAUCAUUUUCGCAUAAAUUAUGACCUAAAUUUGGAAACCGCUGAAUUUCUCGAAUUGGGUCUUUGCGAUUUUGGUUGGGCAAGGCACUAAUGCGCACUAUGUGUAGCCGAGAAAUUUUCACGAAAAAAUACCGGCAACAGCAGAUUUUUGACUCAGACCUCAAAGGGGCGUGGCAUUAUAACCACAUGACAUUUACUCCGAUCGCCAAAAAUUUUAUCUUAUAUUGUAGAUUGAUCUAUACGUUAUACAUUCUAUGUGUUAGACUUACGAUAAAAGUAAAGGUGGGGAUACCAGAGAGCUUCAAAGUAGGAUGGUACCCCCCCCCCAAAAAAAACUGGGUCGAGUCACCUUAAACACACCUUGUCUCUUCAUAUUCCCCUAAUUUAUCACUCUCAGUGUUUUCCCCUCGCCAACGUUUAUUUUCCUCAUAUUUUUGUCUUUGCUUCUUGACACAAGUAGUGCAAAUUGCUGUGCAUUAAAAAGUAUCACAAUGAUGAAUUUAACUUUUAGUCAAAGUCGAUUCGUAGCGUAAAACUUAUUUUUAGAACCAACACUGAAUUGAUAAUUGACAACUGGCAAAAUAAACUCAAAGCAGUUUUUAAUCUCGCGGUUAGGUCUUGAGGUGUCGGAAAAAUAGUUUUCAGGAUAUAGCAUAUAGCAGGGUUAAAAAACGUUUCAAAUACAAAAUCCCCGAUACUCACAAAAUAGGGUUUUUAAAGAAGGGGAACAUUGCCAAGUGUUUCGCAUAAUUUCGUGGGUCACGUGCAUGUAGGCUACUUUACCGAAAUUAUCUCUUACUUUGAAAAAUAGAACGCUAUGAAUCAACGUAAAAAAUAGACAGUCCUGUAAAGACAUUCUAAGCACCUUUUAAAUCUCGCAAAAAUCCAGGAAUACUUGUGUAUUUUUGAACGUCUGUGUUGUAACAAAUAUACUUGUCCUAAUUAUACUAACGCGCUUGACCAAACAAUGUAAAACAAGAAUGUUCAUUUCAUACUUGUUAUUUACUCAAUCCAAGAUUUCUACACUUACAUCGUGGCACUGUUGCCAAAAAAAUAUAACUGGUUAUGAUAUAAAUAGCCGGAAAAAUAAACACCUUAUGGAACGAUUCCCUUUCAAGGUUUUACAACAACGUUGAAUGGUUAUUCCCUCGACCUUCUCUUUUGGUCUUUAUUUAUAAUUAGAUUUAAAGUUUGUUACACAAUUCGGAAUACUUGACCAUGACAUUUACCUUGGUUUUAAGAGUUCUUUUAUUCUAUUGAAAGUUAAAAAGUAAAGGCGCCUCACAUACGUCGGUACUUCGAAAUGAUCAUUUCAUCAUUAUCUGAAAGACAAACCUUUUAAACGCCCUCUUCAUCAGUACUCCGUUUUACGGGUAUUUAAGCUACUUGAAGCUACACGGAAAGAAUUUCUCACACCUGGCCAUGGACAUCAAUCUCAAGACCUCUCACACAGAAGACUCCAAGGGCUACGCAAUAACCAACUGUGUCAAUCGUUGCUCCUCAAAAAAGGGAAAACGUAAAAUAUUGUGUAGUAGAAUGCUUACCUGACCCAAUGGGAAUUGUGAUUCCAAAAAUUGCGUGAAUAUUCUUGGACAUCUCCAAGUUGAUAACAUGAUUAUUUUUUAGCUUUUUCCUUGCUCCUGAAUGAAGAGGAUAUCGACAUGUCCUCAAAGGACGCCAGUUGCGACCCAAAUUAUGUCUGUGUUUUGGACACACGAACAUUUCUUCUUGCCGGUGUUUUGGCACAUCGAAUAGCCCCGCCCUGACUAGUAUCAGUUCGUACUCCAUCAUUCCAGAUAGUUUUGAAAGAUGGCAUGUCUUCAAGUGGAUCGUUAUAUCUUCCUGGCAUUCUCGCAACCUACAUACUGUAUCCGAACCUCGAAAACCUCCACAACUAGAUUUUCCGAAGCCCGAGAAAGAACACUUUACUGUAUCAGUAGCCAUGUUACCCCUUGUUUGAUUUGUGUCCAGUCCAGAAGGACUGGGGAUGAAAUACAAAAAAAGUCACGCAAAUUUCAACUUUAAUCUGAACUGGUUUAAAUCGCCUUGUUAGCGACUCGUCGCGUUUUAUUUGCAAAGAAAAGUGUUUUAUUUGCUCUACAAAUUUCCCCGCGAUGUCUUAAAGAGUAAUCUCAAUGAACAAGAUUGCAUCCAACUAAUUUUAGCAAAAGACCUUUCAGGACGGUGUCACGAACCAGUCACGCUGGCGGAUACUGCCAUUUUAUAAACAAGAUAACUUCUUGAAACGGACCAAGGACAUGGAAUCAACGGCCAAUAUAGUUUCAGAUGAUUAAGAAAUAACCUUAAAAUGUGAAAGAACUUGGAUAAGACCCAUCAAGCCAUCAAAUGAAGUUGGACUUUGACAAGAAGAUCGACAAGGCGAGUGUUCGUUAAUUAUCUGGUUUACGAAAUUUCUGGAAAUUCAAACGGCGGCCUAUUCUGAAAACGUGGAGAGCACAAAAAUGUUAUUCCUUGUUGAGUUUUAUUAUCAUUCCUAGAUUGUAUUCAUACAGAUAGCGAAGUUCAGACAGGUGCCACACUUUUUAAAAUUACCCUCAAAGUUGAGCUACUUUCGUGUUUAGAUGGAAAGCCGAAAACACGUGCUGGGGAAAAAAUCAUUGCCGUUGGAAAUAAACAAAUAAUUCGGAACUGUGAUACGGCUAGGAAAUCUACAGUGGUGUAUCUGUAUACGGAAAAGAAAAUCAGUCUUUUUAAGCCAGGUAUUUGUUUUCUAGAGCGCGGUCAAUAUUAGCGAUUUUCGCACUUUGAACGGCUAUGGCGCCGGCGCUGACCGCCCGGAAAUUCAAAAAUUCGUAAAAAAAUAUAUUUAUCACUUUCGGUCAAACGAAAUGCAUUUUUGCAACUACUAAGGUGGAGGCUUAAAUAUCCGAGAAUAUAAGGAAAAUUAAUUUUUUGAUCCAAAAUCACUGGUCGGUUUUUACGGAGACACGCUCUUAAUAACCUGUCACGAACACUAAUCGACGUAGAAGUGACUACUGCACGUAACAAGUCGGGGUUAUUCAGUCGAAUGUCACUUUCUCCUUUUUUUUUCUUACUUCUGCCAUCAACACUUUUACGCAAAACGAAAUUACCUUAAUUAUAUGGCAUUUGACAUCAACCUUUUCUUAAACUAUUUCAGACUCCAUGUAUGUCAUCACCUUGUCAGAACGGAGGCACCUGUGUAGCGAACUAUAAGUAUCACUCGUUCGACUGCCGUUGCAAAGAAGGGUUCUAUGGAGAAUUUUGCGAAGAAGGUAAUUGAUAUUUAGACCGGGACCCCCGUUCAAGUUAGGACAACCCAACUUAGCGGCUUUACCUAAAAUUUAUCUUGGAAAAUUUUAAAGGCGUUGUGACGUGUACGUCAACAUUGAUGUUACCAUGGCAACCGAGUUUUGACAGCCAUGGUUUUCAGAAUUUGCUUUUUCUCUAAACAAAAUAGGUUUAAAUUCAUUUCUUUUUUAACUGAUUGAUUUAUUACGUUAUCUACUUUUUUUUACAGUUGCCAAGUCCUCAUGCCAAGAUGUUUAUAAUCAGCUCACAGAAAAGUGGGUAAACCUAUGCAUAGUAAUUUAAUUGAUGAGGAUAGAUCACUUAAAGUCCGGGGAUCAUUCGGAGUGCGUCAGUACUGUGUUUAUAAGCCAAAAAUCAGCCGUCAGGCCUCAAAAAACGGAAUACAAUUGUGUUGCAGGGAAAGUCGAUAUCACUUAAUUAAUUGUACAUGUUAGAAUUCGUAUCGUGGCUGAUGAAUUCUAUUUCAGCCUUUGUUCUCCACUCUGGAAACUUAGGGUUAUUAGAGACCUAAACUUGUAAAAACUGUUGAAUUUUUAAAACAAAUGAUUGGUACUGUUAAGAUAAUAAAAACCAUAAUCUGUGAACACCACCAUCCUGCAAUGAAGGCCCUCCAGCAAAAAAAGUUGUUGAUGAAAUGCGGUUGAACCCCGCCGUUUCGUUUAAUACGAACACCCGUAUAAAACGAAUGAUUCGUUUGUACCGACAAAAGUUCAGAUAUUUCAGUGCUCAUAAGUAAACCUGGUUAAUAUGGAAAACAAACACUUUUCUUGUGUCCCGAGUCCCAAACUGUCAUAUAAUAAUUAUCGUAAACUUCCCCGGAAGGUCCUCAAUUAAGUUUUAUAGGGCAAGCUUAGCCCUGGGUCUAACUCCUUACGUUUUAUGCCCAUCAUUUUUGCAGAAAAGGUACUCCUUUCGUAUACCAUUCCAUUCGUCUCUAAUGGUUAAAGGUUCGAGUGGCUUGUUGCAGGCACUUCAUCCCCAGGGGGUACUCAACAAAUUUUUACGGUGAUAAUCCCUGCCCCGAGGUCCACGUCCUUACCUUUUCACAUACCUUUUGGCGGUUGAGGGGUGGAGUGGCUUGUUACAGGCACUUUAUCCCCAGGGGGUACUCAACAAAUUUUUACGGUGAUAAUCCCUGCCCCGAGGUCCACGUCCUUACCUUUUCACAUACCUUUUGUCGGUUGAGGGAUGGAGUGGCUUGUUACAGGCACUUUAUCCCCAGGGGGUACUCAACAAAUUUUUACGGUGAUAAUCCCUGCCCCGAGGUCCACGUCCUUACCUUUUCACAUACCUUUUGGCGGUUGAGGGGUGGAGUGGCUUGUUACAGGCAUUUUAAAAUGAGCUCAGACCAUACAAGGGCCAAUGGGAAGAAAGACUGCCUUAUCAAAAUCAAACUUGCACGCUAUUUUAAUUGGAGUUUCUUUUUUUUUAGUAACAAAAUCGUAUUAACCCACAGAAAUCUGUAAUUAUUUGAAAAAGGUUCAUUGUAUGCAAUUAGUGCGUGGUUGUGACAAGGAAAUAGACCGUGGCAGCUAUAGGUAGCCAGUGGUCACCAGUGUCCAUAAAGCGGGGUUGACGACAUGAGAUUUUAAGUCUUCGGAACACAGAAAAGUGUCCGUUCUCCGUCUCAACCGUUGUCCUUAUUAAACGGGUUGGAGAAAGUACGUGAGCUUCAAUAAUUAAAACAUGCAAAACUGACUACUGAAUAUCUGUGUAACAUGUUCUGAGUAGUUGUCAAGAAAAACCAAUCCAAGUCUUACAUGUAGCUCGCGCGUAAAACAGGGGUCCUUUGCCGUCAGAUGGGAAAAACAUCAUGCGCACCUUUUUCGCGGUUUUUCGGUCGCCCCUUUCGCCUUCCCUCUGAACAUCUGCUACGCUGUUUAGCCAUCUUCGAUGUCCGAAUUUAAUUGCUACAGAACACUUUAGUCAAAUACACUUUAUUAAAGUUAGGUGAAGAGCAUGCAGCACAGCUUGGUAUUAUAAUGCAAAAAUAAAUAUCAACCUGUGCUUGAGGUGAAAUUAUAUCAGUCCAAAGUACAUUAAUCGUGUAGUAGCUCCUAGUAACAUGAUGGGGAACCUGACAAAUUUAGAUUUGACUGAGAUUGUACUGAAUUCCAUUCAUUUAUUUUUGUAAGAAAAAGAGAACCUUUUUUUUUUUACAACCAGUUAAGGUACAUUCCAUUUUUUUCUCUCCGACAGUUGGGAGCUGGAAAAAUUAAAAUGAGAUUUCAUUUUGUACAGGUUGAACGUGAGUCGGUUGGUCACUCUCCUCCUUGACUCCAAACUAGUUUCAGUUCUCUGUCACUUUGGAAAUUUUGGAUGCGGCGAUGGAGGAUGGACACCGGUCAUGAAGAUGGACGGCAACAAGGUAAGACAUUUGUGUACGUUUUCCCUUAGUUUGGCGACGAGAGUGGAAAAAAAAAAUAAAUACAGGUUUGCCUCUGUCAGAGGUAAUUUUCAACAGGGGCACCCAACGAGGAUAUAGUUCAAAACCACUUAACAUAGCAUUGUUGAACGUAUUUUAGUUUUCAAACGGUAGAUAUAGGCAUAUUUUUAUCCCCUAAAAACGUUUCAUCUGUUCGGAUUUCCUAGCUGAAAAUCUAGUGAUCCGAAAAUGAUAGGGAUAAAAACUUACCUUUUUAUUCUAUCGGUGACCAUUAACGUCAUUUUGCGUGCUGUGGCUAAAUUGUCAUUUUAUAAAGCUGGAGAAGUGAGGACAUUGCAGAUAUUCUUUUCAUUGUAAUGGAUCUUUCAUUCUUUCUUUUUUCUUCUCCUGAAAGGAUGUUAUCUUUAGAAGAAAAAAGAAGCUUAAAUUUCAACUUUUCUUUUUAAAGGACAUUUUUGCUAUUUCUUCCUCCUUUCUACCACAGCAAACAUUUCAUUACGAAACAGCCUUUUGGAGAAACAAAGAAACCUUUCACCCUGACGGAGGGAAAACUGGGUUUGACUCACAGGAAACCAAACUUCCCUCCUACUGGAACACAUCCUUCUCCAAGAUCUGCCUCGGUAUGAAGAUCAACAACCAGACCAAUUUUAUUGUCAUUAACAAGCAGGCGAACUCCUUGUACUCUCUGAUCGCUGAUGGGCAAUAUCGCAGCACCUCACUGGGUCGUGACAAGUGGAUGUCACUGAUUGGUUCUAAUGCCUCAUUGCAGCUGAACUGUAAAAAGGAAGGGUUCAACGCAAAGUGUACCUUGAGUGGCCGUUCCAAAGCAAGAAUCGGUAUUCUCGGCAACGAUCAAACAGAUUGCCAUGAAUGUAACUCCAGAUUGGGGUUUGGGAGUGAAGGGAACUACGAUGAUAGGCGGAAUACAUGUGGAAAUUUGGAUAACCACAAAGGAAAAAGACUGAGCAUCAAGACAAUGGGGUAUAUACUGGUGCAGUGA